UUUUACAGUCUUGUAAUGACGUCAUUUUUGUCUAUCCUUGUUUAACUAAUGUAAAAUGACAAUGACAAAAAAUUUUGCCGAAAUGUUGUUGUCGUGGCUAAAUUUUACCUGAAAUGCUUGUCAAGUGAUUGUCAGUUUUGAAGUUUUGAAAACGCCAAAGCGUCAAAACAUGCCGCCAAAAAACCCUCAUCGAUUUAACGAACAAACACAGUUAAUAAUUCUAAAUGUGUUGGCUUUCUUUCAAAUUGAACAGGAACAAGUUCGGAAUGGCAUACCACUAGACAUCAACAAUGUUAUACAGCGAACUGCACAAGCAACGAAAGUCAGCCCAACAACCAUUUCAAAUUUGAGAAAAAAUGGUGUAAAAUCCGACAAAGAUUACGCAUCUAAUGUCUCUACCAAGCAAAAGAUUAACAAGACGAAAAUCACAGAAUAUUUGAAGAAUAAAAUUCGGGAUACAAUCUAUUAUAUGUACUCCCAAAAGGAAUAUGUUACACUGGCAACUAUUAGACAAAAAUUUCUGGAGCAAAACGAAUAUUUUCAAUUUUCCAUUGAUUCAUUGAGAAAGUGGAUCAAAAGUAUGGGUUUUAAAUGGAAGAAGUCCAAUGACAGAAAAUAUCUUAUGGAUUUACCGGAUAUUGUCCACAAACGAAUAAAAUUCUUAAGGGAGUACAUUGAAAACAAAAAUUUGGGACAUGAGGGUUAUACUCCGGUUUUUAUGGAUGAAACCUGGAUAUUUAGUAAGGGAUCAUUUCGAAACAGCUGGCAAGAUGAUACUAAGCACACGGAAUCAAUUAAACCCAAUGAAGGUCAUCGAUACAUUAUUGUCCACGCUGGGACGAACGAUGGCUUUAUUGGUGGGGCAAGUUUGAUUUUUAAAAGUGGAAAAAAAAACAGGGGACUAUCAUGAUAAUAUGAACAGGGGUAAUUUUGAAAAUUGGUUCAAGACUCAACUGG